GGGUUCGGGGUGAAAGUCAAAUUGAAGUUCACAUUAUUCAUGAAAAAUGAAGUUAUUUCUUGCAACAGCUAUGCUAUCUUUGUACUAUCGAAUGAGGCCCAAGAAUCAGUAAACCGUCCCCACCAGCAUUUCAUCAUGUCAAAUGAACACCAGCAAGCUUGGGAGCAAGGCCAGCGGCAGCAGAAACGGACCAAAUGA